AUGAAUACGAUCGGAGAAGAAGUUCGACAAGGAGGGCAACCCUUGAAUCGGCCGUCAAUACAUCCUGUAACAUCAUUCCGGGAUACACCACUGCAAACCCAUCAACUGGUGCAACACGUCGCGAAUUGUUUUGAUCAUGAUGGAGAACUAUCAGACGAACAAUUCCCGCAUGCCCUCUUCCUUGCCCAUCCGUGGAUCAUGGAUAGCACCGAGUUGCUCGCACUUUUCAUUGCCCUAUUCCAGGAAACCGAAGACACUCUAUGCAAGCGACGUGUUUGCUAUGCGGUUUCCUUUUGGAUCCGCAAGUUUCCGUUCCAUUUUGAUGGCCAAAAACAGCUAUGCCAACUGGUGGAACGGCUCCGAGCUGGUGCACUGGAUCUAGGGCCGGAAUGCAUCGAGGGGCUAGAUGUGGCCACUUUACCCUCCUUUUCCUGGUUGCGCUCAAUGUCGGUUAGGAACCCAGUCGUACGUCAGGUAUCCCUCAGUUUCGAGCAGUGGAGCCCCGAAGACCUCUCAAACAGCCUAUCACAUAUCGAUUUUAAAAUGCUAUCUAGAAUCCCGGUUGCCGAGCUCAAACGCUAUGUCAAGGAAUCGAGCCUGGCAAAUACUCCGAUAAUGGAGCGUAGUAUUACCGUAUUUAAUAACCUCACAAACUGGGUCCAAUGCAUGAUACUGUCAAAAUCCACGCCAAAGGAACGGGCGGAACUUGUUACGAAGUUUAUAAACGUCUCAAAAUGCCUGCGCCGCAACCACAAUUUCAACACAUUAAUGGCGGUCGUAGGAGGGAUUACACACUCAAAUAUAUGUAGACUGUCGAAAACGCAUGCCGCACUGGCGCCGGAUAUCAAAAAGGAACUUCAUUCGCUCACCCAGCUCCUUUCCGUUCAAUCAAACUUUGCUCAAUACCGACGGGCACUCGCCGAGUCAAAUAACAAAGUGAAAAUACCGAUUAUGGGUGUUCAUCUAAAAGAUCUAAUCGCCUACAACAUGAGCGGAAACGAUUUUGCGAAAUCCCGCAUCACGACUAGGCGCAAAAUUUUGAGAAUGGCAUCCCUAUUAUCGUACUUCUUAAUAUUCAACGCGACCCCUCUCUGUUAUCCAGAUGCUAAUUUAGAUCUUAUCAACACGUUAAAGGUCUCGCUUGACAUCCGAUAUAAUGAGGACGACAUCUAUGAACUGUCGUUGAGGCGGGAGCCGAGGACCUUGUUAAACUUUGAAUCCUCGCAAAAAGCCGUGGUGUUCGCCGACUGGGCUUCUGGGGUAUCGCAGGCCCCGGAUCCGGAAACCGUCGAGAAGCAUGUCAAUGCUAUGGUGGAUGCCGUGUUUAAGCACUACGAUCAUGACAAGGACGGCUACAUCAGCCAAGCCGAAUUCCGCCAAAUUGCCGGCAAUUUCCCCUUCAUCGAGCCGUUCGGCGAGAUCGACAUGGACAGCCGUAAUAAUAUGCAGAAA